CCGCCGCAGCCGCCGCCCGCCCUGGUCCCGUGGAGAGCGCGCAGCGCCGAAGUGGGAGCGCCGGGAGCAGCAGCGCCUAGAUAAUGCCCAGUGGUGAGCUGUCCUGAGCCACUGAGUUCCAGCCGCCUGUCUGUCCACGCACCCCCCACGUAGCCUGCCAGCACCGUCCAGCAUGGAGUCCAGGGGAAAGGCGACCAGCAGCCCCAAGCCCGACACCAAGGCUCCACAGGCCGCUGCUGAGGCCAGAGCUGCACCAGCUGCAGAUGGAAAGGCCCCUUCAGCUAAGCCUGGGAAGAAGGAGACCCAAGCAGAGAAGCAGGAGCCUCCCGCAGCCCCCACACCACCAGCGGCCAAGAAGACCCCGGUCAAAGCAGACCCUACCCUUCUCAAUAACCACAGUAACCUGAAGCCAGCCCCUGCGGCCCCCAGCAGCCCUGAUGCCGCCACCGAGCCCAAGGGCCCUGGGGAUGGGGCUGAGGAGGGUGAAGCUCCCAGCGGGGCCCCAGGGGGCCGAGGUCCUUGCCCCUUUGAGAACUUGACCCCCCUGCUCGUGGCUGGGAGUGUGGCCGUGGCGGCUGUAGCCCUAAUUCUUGGUGUGGCCUUCCUGGCCCGGAAAAAAUGAUGGCUAGUGCCCAGGUGGGGGCACAGCCACUUCCUGUACAGAUCUCAGGAGCCUAGUGCAUGCCGAGCUCCCCCACAGUUAUCCACACACCCUUACAUGCGCACCAUAUAGACACAUAUACCCCCACACGCGCAGAGGGACAGACAGACAGGCCCCCAGCCGUGGAAACGCAGCCUGCUCGCUGGCCCCCAGCACUUCCCCCUCCCAGGCUCUGGGGUUUACUGCGCAGCACAGGAGGAGUCAUAGCACGGGGAAGUGGGUCUUUGCUGUGGCCAGGGUACUGGGGGGCAGGGGGAAGAAAGGACCUCGAGUAUGGCCCGCCCGCCUGCGUGUGCCAGCCAGUUCCCAGUGGCCCCAGGGGUCCCAUGCGCUUCCUGGCAGACAGGGCUGGGUAGGAGUCCGAGAUGGGCUGUGACAAGGGCCCAGCCCAUGUGGGGACAUUAAAGGGUAUGGCUGUUUCACUCUC